AUGGAUGGAUGGAUGGAUGGUGGUUUAGGGGUUAGCUGCAGGUCUGCAGCCACCCCUUUGACCCGGUUGACCCGUAAAAAAUCAUUGGGUUUCGAUUCGGGGGCGACUUCUUAUGUUACACCGACACAGUUAGUUUUUAAGUCAGUCGCUAUUAAGUUUUGUCCGGAACAUCUAGCACACGGGUGCUCUGAUUGGAGAGUAGUGACCAGUGAGCAGCAGGAGAAGAAACACAAAAAAAAGAGAACAAACACGACGCAUACAACUCCGGUGAAAUCAUCCAGAGGAUCCACAGCAGAUCCCACUUCCCACAUCGCCGUCGCCGAGGGCCAGAGACCUGCAGCACGGAGUAAGACGCCUGCGAGGAGUUCGGCCGCCAGCAGCACGGGAGUUAAAGGUCAGAUCCCAUUUUCCUUCAUUCGUACCAUUUCCGCCUCUGUUCAAGUACUUAUUGUAGAUGCCGAAUCCGAUUCGGAAGGUGAAACAGCUAAUUUAUUAAGAUCGUGGAUAAAUAAGCGCAACCAAAUUGUUUCAGAGUUGGAUCGAAUUUUAGAAUUUGUCAGGAAUUUUCCAUCUGGCAGCAAUAUCGGUUUAAUAAUCGCGCGAAGACCAAUCGCUCUUAACGCAAUUAACGAUUUCAAAGAAGUGCAAUUUAAAAUCGAGGAAAAUGUUCCACCUGCAUUGCUUGACGAUGAGGUAGACCACCGGAUUAAUUUCGAGGCAAAAUAUUACGAAACUAUAGCCGAAAUUGAUACAAUUAUUAAAAACGAAGGCAAUUCGAAACAUACUAGUAUAAACAAUCGUGAAAAUCCAACUCCAAAAAUAACGCUUCCGGCAUUAAAACUUCCGGAAUUUAGCGGAUCUUAUUCUGACUGGACUUCUUUCCGGGACACUUUCAAGUCUGUUAUUCAUGAAAAUUCUUCGUUAUCAAAUAUUGAAAAAUUCCAUUAUUUGAGGUCCACCUUGAAGGGAGAAGCUUUUCGAGCCAUCGAGUCAUUGUCCCCGGUAAAUGUAAAUUACGAAAUUGCGUGGGAUUUGUUAAAUAAACGUUUUCAAAAUAAGAGACUAAUAAUUGUACAUGAGCACAUAAAAAACAUUUUAGAUGCGCCAGCCGUCACAAGGGCUAAUCAAGAAAAUUUAAGACAAUUAAGCGAUUUAUUAUGCGCCAACAUUGCAGCAUUAAAAGCGUUUGAAAUUCCAGUAGAUCAAUGGGAUUCAAUCUUAACCACCAUAAUUGUCGAUAAGCUUGAUUACCAAACAAAGCGUGAAUGGCAGUCAAAAUUAACAGAUGAUAUACCCAAAUUAGCGGAAUUAUUUAAGUUGAUAGAUGCGCGGUGUCAAAUUUUGGAAAGUACUGCCCAUAUUAAUGCAAGUCCACGACCGAAACAUUACAAUAUUAAGGGAACAGUCAGUCACUUCACAGCAAAAAGGACAUGCUUAGUUUGUAAACGGCCUAACCACAAUUUGUACUCAUGCAAUGAAUUUUUAAAAAUGUCAUUAGAAGAACGCAUCAAAAAGGUAACGUCUCUAAAACUUUGCAAUAAUUGUUUAAAACCAAACCACAUUUGUAUCGAAUGCAGAUCAAAUAGUUCAUGUAAGUAUUGUAAACAAAAACAUAAUAGCUUAUUACAUAGAAUGGAGAUCCAACAAGUAUUGCCUGAACCUCACGUUGGGACAAGCACUUCAAAUCAUACUAGCAAUUACAAUUUGUCAGAGACAUUACUUAGCACCGCAAUUAUCUACAUUUGGGAUAAUUUCGGAAAGAUGCAUAAAUGCAGAGCGUUACUUGAUGGAGGCUCGCAAUCUAAUUUCAUUACCAGAGAUUUAUGUCAAAAAUUGCGCCUCAAAACACAGAGUACAAAUCACAUUACAACUGGCGUAAAUUUAUCGUCCAACAGAGUAAACGAAACCGUUCAGGUGCAUCUUUCUUCAUUAUUUAAAGAGAGUUUGCAUUAUAACAUAGAUUGCUUGGUACUGAACAAAAUUACACAAAACCUACCUCUAAACUCAUUUUCUACGAAAGGUAUGGUAAUCCCAGAUUUUGUAAAUUUAGCUGACGCCAAUUUUAACAUUUGUGGAGAAAUAGAUAUCUUAUUAGGGGCAAGAAUGUUUUUCCAAGUAUUAAGAGAUGGGAAAAUCCAAAUAGGCAACUCUCUUUAUUUGCAUAAUACAGAUUUUGGUUGGAUUAUUGGAGGAUCCAUAAACACUACUAAUUUUAUGAGCUUAAGUACGUGCAAUACAAAUACGCUGCAAGCUUUAAAUGACCAAGUCUUAGAUUUUUUUCAAUUAGAGGGUCUUGCUGGAAGUCCUACUAACAAAAUACUCUCUCCCGAAGAGAAAUCUUGCGAAAAACAGUUUGUUGACAAACAUAAACGUACCGAUCUUGGAAAUUUUGUCGUAGACCUCCCCUUCAAAAAUAAGUCCAUAAUGUUGGGACAUUCAGAAACAAUGGCGCGAAAUCGAUUUUUCACAUUAGAACGAAAGCUCUUAAAAAACAUGGAACUGAGACAUCAGUACAUCCAGUUCAUGAGAGAGUAUGAACAAUUAGGCCAUAUGCAACUAGUGUCUGACAUUAGCUCAGAAAAUUCCUAUUUUAUUCCUCAUCAUGCAGUCAUAAAAAAUACGACACAAGGGAAUAAACUUCGGGUAGUAUUCGAUGCAUCCAUGACAAGUUCUAACGGUCACAGUCUAAAUGAUAAUCUAUUAAUCGGACCUAACUUGCAACAGGAAUUAUUUUUAAUAUUAUUAAAGUUCAGAACGUACAAGUAUGUCAUUAGUGCGGACAUUGAAAAGAUGUAUCGUCAAAUUUUCUUAACUGAAAAUCAUCAACAAUUUCAAAGAAUAUUUUGGCGUGAAAAUGUAAGUGACCCUCUCCAAAUUUAUCAAUUAAAAACAGUGACGUACGGGACAGCGUCAGCGCCAUAUCUUGCGAUGCGGUGCUUAAAACAAUUAGCACUAGAAAAUAUGAAUGUAUUACCUGUAGCCGCGUCAAAUAUUUUAAAUAACUUUUAUAUGGAUGACUUAAUUUGUGGUUCAAGUACAUUGGAAGAAGCGCUUGCACUUCGCGACGACAUCAUUCAGAUCUUAAAUCAAGGUAAUUUCAAAUUACACAAAUGGGCUUCAAAUGAACCAACAUUAUUACCAGAAAGUGACAUAAAGGCUUCUGUUAAUUUUUCUAGCGACACUGAAACAAAAACUUUAGGUUUAAUUUGGAAUUGCCACAAAGAUCAACUGAAGUAUAACUUAGCGUUAAACAGGCUACCCAGCAAAACUACAAAACGCACUAUUUUGGCCACAGUGGCUACAAUUUUCGAUCCAGUAGGUCUUAUCACUCCAGUAAUUUUAAAGGCUAAAUUACUUCUGCAAUCUUUAUGGGCCGCGCAAAUUGGUUGGGAUGACCCAAUUCCUAGUGAUCUAGAAUAUCAUUGGAACCAAUUUCUAAUUAAUUUACCUGAUGUCAAGAAUAUUGAAAUCUCACGUCAUAUUUUUAGAAAUGACACACCGAAUAUCGUUGAAUUGCAUGGCUUCGCAGAUGCGAGUACUAAGGGUUUUGGAGCCGCCAUUUAUAUUAAAACAAUUUUAUCAAGUGCUGAAACACAUACUCAAUUAUUAUGUGCAAAAAGUAGAGUAGCCCCACUUAAAACUAUAUCGCUACCUAGAUUGGAGCUUUCAGCAGCUUUAUUAUUAGCGCGAUUAAUAAGUAAAAUACUGCCUGAACUAAAUUUAAAAAUUAAUAAGUGUUUUUUGUGGACCGAUUCAACAAUCGUGUUAAACUGGAUUGCGGCUUCACCACAUAAUUGGCAAACUUUCGUGGCGAAUAGGGUGUCAGAAAUUCAAACUUUAACAUCCGGUCAUAAUUGGCGCCACAUAAAUGGUACCGAUAACCCUGCAGAUCUGAUUACUAGAGGUUUGUUUCCUAAACAACUCAUUAAUUGCAAAUUGUGGUGGUUUGGUCCCGAAUGGCUCUCAAAACCACCUACGGAUUGGCCACAGACAAUCAUAGACUUAGGAACUGAAGUUCCAGAAAGACAAAAAACAUUAAUUACUUCCACAUGUACUACCUUUAAAUCGGAUUUAUUAAUGAGAUUUUCGGAUUUUACCAAGCUGAAAAGAACUGUUGCAUGGAUCAAGCGUUUUGUAAGUAACUGUAGAAACAAAAGACUUAACAAAGAAUUAAAGUCGGGUUUACUAACCAUAGAAGAAUUGGACGAUGCCAACCGCAUAAUUAUAACGUUAGUUCAACGUGAAUCUUUUCAAAAAGAAAUUGUUAUUUUAAAAUCGGGUAAAGAAUUGCCAACAAACAACUCGUUACUCUGCUUAAGUCCUUUUUUAGACUCUAAUAACAUUUUAAGAGUCGGUGGUAGAUUACGUAAUGCCGUUCUUGCUUAUGACAGAAAGCAUCAGAUUAUUUUGCCAAAGAAACAUUACGUCACGGAGCUAUUAAUUCGUCAAUAUCAUAUCGCUCACUUACAUGCGGGGGCCCAGGCCACACUAACCGCGUUGAGACAAAUUUAUUGGCCCAUCGCUGGACGGGAUGCAGUCAGAUCCAUCCUCAGAAAAUGUAUUAAUUGUUUUAAAGUAAAACCCAUAAUUAAUUCUGAAAAAAUGGGCGAUCUACCGGCGGUGCGUCUGCAACAGUACCGGCCUUUUUUAAAAUGCGGUGUCGACCUUUGUGGUCCGAUCAUCAUAAAGGAUGGCCGUGGUAGAAAACCGAAACACGUUAAAGUGUACAUAGCGUUAUUUGUUUGCCUCAGCACCAAAGCCGUGCACCUGGAACUUAUUUCUGAUCUUUCAACCGAAGGUUUUUUAAAUGCGCUAAGACGAUUUAUUUCGCGACGUGGUACUGUUAGUGAAAUUUAUUCAGAUAAUGCUACCAAUUUCGUAGGCAGCGACCGAAAACUAAAGCAAAUCUUUAGAAAUGUUUUAAACAAAGAAGCUUUAAAGUCAAAUUUGGCAAACAUGAAAGUAAAAUGGUGUUUUAUCCCCCCCAAAACGCCCAACUUUGGAGGAAUUUGGGAAGCCAAUAUCAAAUCGGCAAAAUUACAUUUAAAAAAGACAAUUGGUGAUACAAUUUUGAAUUAUGAGGAAAUGCACACACUACUUGUCAGAAUUGAGGCUUGUCUUAAUUCGCGCCCACUGCUCCCCUUGACCAAUGAUCCAAACGAUCUUUAUCCUCUAACACCUGGCCACUUUUUGAUUGGGGCUCCGUUAACUGCCCCCGUAGAAGAAGAUCUCGAGUCUACAAAGCUGAACCGGCUAACACGGUGGCAGCAUGUCGAAAAAAUGCGGCAACAUUUUUGGCGAAGGUGGCAGAGAGAAUACGUGUCGCAACUACAACAGAGGUCCAAGUGGCGAGUUAAGGGGCCCUCUUCCGUGAAACCGGGCAUCUUAGUCCUCCUUGUGGAAGAUGACGCACCACCUCUUCACUGGCCGCUUGGCCGGGUCCAGGAUGUCCACCCAGGAAAGGACGGCGUCGUCCGCGUAGUGACGAGGCAUUCAAGGGCGGCGGCAUGUUGCGUGUGCUACAAUGUCGUCGGUACGCCUAUGUCUUUAGUACGCCUAUGUCGUCGGUGUGUCAAAGAAAUGUUGCAGCUGCAGGUCUGCAGCCACCCCUUUGACCCGGUUGACCCGUAA